GUUUCUGCACUGUGCAACUAUUUCAUUUAUAUUUUUAAUUAACGAUGCCAAGUACUUGUUGUUGUGUACCUGGAUGUCAUUUAAGAGGAGGACAUGCAUUUCCAAAUGACUUAAACAGAAGGAAAAGUUGGAUCAACGCCAUGGCCCAUACGCAGAUUGGACGAGAACACGAUGAUAUCGUGGAGUCCAUCUCAAUCAGCUGUUGUUUGCAAGGCACGUUUUACUGAAAAAGACUACGUGCAGGAAACUAUUCAUGGGCGCAAACCCACCAUACAGAGACUUAAGUCUACUGCAAUUCCCAGCCUAUUUUCCUGGACCAAGCAAGAGACUGAAUCGUCCGCAAAAAGAAAAAUCAGGGCAGUUUCCUGUGAAAACAAAAGAACUAAACUUGAUGAAUAUUGUAGUAGAAAUCUAGAGGAAAGUUUUGAUUGUAAAGUUGGUUUUCCUGAAGAAGUCAUUCAUACUGCAGAAAGGAUUUAUGACUGUCCACCACCAACUGCCGAGCUAAUGUUGAGCUUCACAGAUGGAAUUACGCAAACACCAUCAAUGCCUAUGUUUUCAGCAGAGAAUUUUGAAAUGAAGACACGUGACACAGCCAUGCAUUUUUAUACCAGUUUAGAGUUGUAUACUAAAUUUUUAUUUGUUUUGACCACACUUGGUCCAGCAGCACAUUGUUUGAGAUACAUAUAUUUUCAAAUUGAUAGGGUGUCAGUUGAAAAUCAGUUUUUUUAUGACUUUGAUGAAAUUGAGGCAUCAUACAACCAACUUUGAACUGUCUAGAUUCUAGAUUGAAUCUAGUGUUAAGAAUAUUGUGUAUACAUGGAUUGUUUUUAUGUCUAAACAGUGGUGUGAGGCUAACACUUGGCCAUCUAGUGGUUUAGUCAGGUAUUUUUCACCAUCCAACUUCAAAUUAAAGUUUCCUACGACUUGGAUUAUUAUUGACAGCACAGAAUAUCCCGUGAUAAAACCUAAAGCUCCUAGAGCUCAGGCAACCUUUUCAUCAAAUAAAAACAGAAACACUGAAAAUUCUUGAAUGUUCGACACCUGGUGGUUUAUAAGUCAACUAUGUCUCUAUGUCACAUAGAGCGAAUUAUUGGACUUGGCAAAACAUACAAAAUUCUAAUAAAUCCUAUGAAUGGAACUGAAACAAAACUUUCAUCUGAAAUAACAUUUAGUUGUUUUAUGUUGUGUAAUUUUAGAACUUGUAUUGUGCCAAAGGAUGCAUAAAUAAAAGUGAUGCAAUGAA